GGUCUAGAUGAUCCAAAGGGUAGGCACAGUGUGAGGAGCGGCAGGUAUCGGGGACACAUCUGCAAAGCCCUAGGAAGGGGACCGACCGGGACCUGGAAGAGGGAUGGACCAGGGCACUGGGCAGGCGCUCGAAGGGGCCGGGCGCGAGUUCCGGUUCGGUGGCGGAGGGGGCGGGGCUUAGCGCAGUUUCCGGAGGGACGGCCCGAGCGCGCGGGGGCGGAGCCGAGUGCGCGGGGCGGGGCUCCAGCGCCGCAGGUCUAGGCCGCCGUAGGUCCCGGCCACCGCAGGCUGGCGGCUGUCGCUGAGCGCGGGAUCCGACUCUGGUCGUGAUGGAGGCGGGCGGCUUGCUCGACUCGUUCAUUUACGGAGCAUGCGUGGUCUUCACCCUCGGCAUGUUCUCCGCCGGCCUCUCAGACCUCAGGCACAUGCGAAUGACCCGGAGUGUGGACAACGUCCAGUUCCUGCCCUUUCUCACCACGGAAGUCAACAACCUGGGCUGGCUGAGUUAUGGGGCCUUGAAGGGAGACGGAAUCCUCAUCGUCGUCAACGCAGUGGGUGCUGCACUUCAGACCCUGUAUAUCUUGGCGUAUCUGCAUUACUGCCCUCGGAAGCGUGUUGUGCUCCUUCAGACUGCAACCCUGCUAGGGGUCCUUCUCCUGGGUUAUGGCUACUUUUGGCUCCUGGUACCCGACCCUGAGGGCCGGCUCCAGCAGCUGGGCCUCUUCUGCAGUGUCUUCACCAUCAGCAUGUACCUCUCACCACUGGCUGACUUGGCUAAGGUCAUUCAGACUAAAUCAACCCAGUGUCUCUCCUACCCUCUCACCAUUGCUACCCUUCUCACGUCUGCCUCCUGGUGCCUUUAUGGGUUUCAGCUCAGAGAUCCCUACAUCAUGGUGUCCAACUUUCCAGGAAUCGUCACCAGCUUUAUCCGCUUCUGGCUUUUCUGGAAGUACCCUCAGGAGCAAGACAGGAACUAUCGGCUCCUGCAAACCUAAGGCUGCUCACCUGACCACUGGGCACCUUAGUGCCAACCUGAACCAAAGAGAGCUCCUUGUUUCAGCUGGGCCUGCUGUCCAGCUUCCCAGGUGCAAUGGGUUGUGGGAACAAGAGAUGACUUUGAGAAUAAAGGGACCAAAGAAGGAGCUUUACUUAGAUGAUUGGUUGGGGCCUAGGAGAUGAAAUCACUUUUAUUUUUUAGAGAGAUUAUUUUUUUUAAUUUUGGAGGUUGGGGUGAUAUGUUUAGAAUAUGCCUUAAAAUAAAGUGUUCCCAACCCCU